AUGGCGCCCACGACACGCUCCCAAUCUACCAAGGUGAAGAAGCCAGCCUCGAGUAUACUUCAGCCCUCAAAGGUCAACAAACGCUCGCGUCCAGGUACAAAGGUCGCGGCUAGGAGGCCUACAAAGUCGAAGAACCUUCAUGUGUCGCAACAAAUUAGUAGACUAAAGCCUCCACUAGGUCGCACUUACCCCGUGAAGCAUCUCGAGAAUGGACUUGUCAGUAUGGAAACGCCUCCUGACUACCUAGUUGAAACGUGGGGAUGGUAUUCCUUCGCUAGUAAUUCCUCUGCUGACUUGCUCAGGAUCCAAAAGAACGCCACAGACUCCCCUCUACUUCGACUACCUGCAGAGAUCAGAAACACGAUCUUCCGUCACGCAGUUGGCGGAAACAAGAUACGAAUUGAGCGCGCAGUCAACUUUCGAGCAUCGAAAAAAUGGCGCGAAAACUCCAACUCACUAUGGCACGGCCGAGCGGAUCACUUAGACGAUCGCCGAUUCAAGGCUCAAGGCACUGCAUUUCACCUCCCAGAAGUCUGCCGUCAGAUCUAUGCAGAGACUGCUACACUAGGUUACGCUACCAAUAUCUUCAUACUUCCUUGCACGCAAGGUCUACAUCAACGUUUCAAUGAUAGUGGACCGAAUGGCAUACUUGUUGAAUGGCUUACUCAGCGCAAUGCCGCCCAGCGCUCUGCGAUUCGAUCCAUAGAGCCAAACUUUGGCGACAUUUAUCAUUACCUUCAAGGAACAUAUCACGGGUCAUUCGGGCGUGACUUACCUGCGCUCGAAGAGAUCUAUGUUUGGAUUGUUGCAUUUAAUCGGCCAGAGUUACGUACUCGCAUCACCGACAAGAUUAGGCAAAAGGAUGGUCAAGGUGUACGAAUUAUUUUCGGGACAGAGAACUGUUAG